AUGUCUGAUCCCGAGGCCUCAGACGCCGACGCGCCACAGCAGCGUGCUGCCCCAGAGAAGGAGUUUGACGCCUGGUCUGCAAUCGCUCUGGGCGCCAUCACCACCAAUAGCGCCAUUGGCCUCGUCCUAACUUUUGCAAGCACCAUCACCUAUGGCGGGUCUAUGUUACUGUUCUACGGCUUCCCAAUCAUCUCGCUCAUCUCUCUUGGGGCUGCGACCAGUCUUGGCGAGUUGACAUCGGCUUAUCCCGAUGCUGGUGGUCAAUACAUCUGGGUUGCUCGCCUCGCGCCUCCCAAGGUGAACCGAUUCUUCUCUUACAUGACGGCUAUAUUCAGCUGGGCAGGAGCCGUCUGUACCGGAGCCUCUGUAUGCCUGGUUGGAUCCGAGUUGAUUCUCGACCUGGUCGAGUUCUUCAAUCCUCAGUUUCAUCCUGAACCGUGGAUGGUCUUCCUUGGAUAUCAAGCCAUCAACAUCUUGACCUUGAUCCCCAGCUUCUACGGGAAACUCCUCAACAACGUCACCAAGGGCCUCAUGCUUUUCACCGCCCUGCUACUUGCCGGAUUACUGAUCGCCCUAUUUGCAGCAGCCCAAGACCGAAGAUCAGCGCACGACUUCUUUACCGUCUUUCACAACAUCUCUGGAUGGUCCGACGGCAUGGCGGUGCUCAUUGGAGUCAACAGUCUCCAGUGGUGCUACUGCUGCUUGGACUCCAUGGUCCACAUUGCUGAUGAAAUCCCGAACCCCGAGCGCAAUAUUCCCAAGGCUCUGAUUUGGUCUAUUGCCGUUGGAUUUGUCACUGGCAUGAUUUGCCUGUGCGCUUACAUGUUUGCUACCGACGACUACGAUACGGGGUAUUCUUCCCUGUCCAUCACCUUUCAAGCGUUCAGUCAGAAUCAAGGCGCUGCCAUUGUCAUCCAAGUGCUCGUCUUCGUUUCCACCAUUGGAGCCUUGUGGGGCAUCCAUGUCUGGCAGUCUCGUCUUGCAUGGACGAUUGGCUACAACCGAGGUUUCCCUUUCGGAAAGUACCUGGAGCGAAUCUCCGGCGCUCCUUAUGGAACUCCCGUCUAUGCCCUGAUCUUCUCUGCAUUCUUCACUGCAUUGCUGGGCUGCUUGUACCUCGGUUCCUCUACCGCCUUCAACUCCUUAGUCUCAGCCUCUCUGCUCUUCCAGUGGCUCAGCUACAGCAUCCCCGUCGUCUUCCUCAAUUUACGCGGUCGUUCGAAAAUCCCACACGGCGAGUUUUGGUUCCCAACGCUCGGUUAUGCUGCAAACGCCAUGCUUGUCAUGUGGACCGGCGUCUCUCUCGUUAUUUACUGCUUCCCUUACACUCUUCCUGUUGAAGUUGGCAACAUGAACUACGUGUCUGCUGUUUUGUGCGGAACGACUCUGUUGAGUGUCUUGUGCUGGUUUGGUUAUGGACGCAAGCACUUUCGCAUUCUCGAGCUAGAUGGCUCUUUGGAGUCGAUUGAUGCAGUGAAUCCUAGUCUCGAGGCUAAGCAGGAAGGUGAAUUGAAGGAGUCGGGUCGCUUGGCUGUACACGAUAUCUAA